GCAGCGGGCACGGGAGCAGUGCAUGGCGUCCAUGAGGGCCCCGCCAGUCACCGGGGGGCAGAGCGCAGGGAGCCGGCUGGGCUAGGACCGAGGACAGCGGUGCCAUCCAGACGGGGGUGGCGAAGGCAGACAGGGCGCAGACAGCGGCACAUUGCACCGCAAACCCCGCCGUGCCAGGCUGAGCAUCCGCAGAUCUCGUAAUUGAUGCAGAACCUCCUGCCGCAAAAGUUCAUUUAGAGCCCAUCAAUGGGAGAUCAAUGAGCUUUCUUCCUGCUGUUUCGCCAUCUCACCUUUUCCCUGCAAGUUAAUUUCCUGACCAGUUUUGUUCCCAUGAGUCCAUCUGCCGUUCCGGAAAGCUAAAGGUGUGAAAUAGGUCAAAAUGAGUGGUCUUGGGGACAGCUCGAUCGACCCUGCUAGCCAGGACCGCAAGAGGAAAGCCUCGCCAUGUGACACCAUGCAAAGUAAUGAAAAGCGUCGGCGAGAGCAAGAAAACAAAUACCUGGAGGAGCUGGCCGAGCUUCUGUCAGCAAAUAUCGGGGACAUCGACAACUUCAGUGUCAAACCGGACAAAUGCAAAAUCCUAAUCAAAAGGAUGGACCAGAUCCAGCAGCUGAAGAAGAAGAAACAAGAGAAAGUUUUGGGCGCUGAUGAUGAUGUUCAGAAAUCUGACAUCUCGUCCAGCAGCGGGGGCGUCAUCGAGAAGGAGUCUCUGGGUCCUCUCCUCUUAGAGGCUCUGGACGGAUUUUUCUUUGUUGUCAACCAAGAAGGUCGGAUCGUCUUUGUCUCCGAAAAUGUCACUAAUUAUCUGGGCUACAAGCAAGAGGAGCUGAUGAAGGACAGCAUCUACAGCCUCCUACACGUGGGCGACCACGAGCAGUUCGUCAAGAACCUGCUGCCCAAAUCUUUAGUCAAUGGAGCUCCCUGGUCCCAAGAAGCCAACAGGCGAAAUAGCCAUACAUUAAACUGUAGAAUGCUGAUUCGGCCUCCAGAUGACGCAGGGGCGGAGAACCAGGAGGCGCGGCAACGGUACGAAGUGAUGCAGUGUUUUACUGUGUCCCAACCGAAAUCCUUCAAGGAGGAAGGAGAAGAUUUCCAGUCCUGUCUGAUCUGCAUCGCUCGGAGAUUACCUCGGCCCACACCCAUCACCUCUCUAGAAUCUUUCAUGACUAAGCAAGAUGCUACAGGAAAAAUCAUCUCCAUUGACACCAGUACAUUGAGAGCCUCAGGCAGCACAGGGUGGGAGGACCUGGUCCGAAAAUGUAUUUAUGCUUUCUUUCAAGCUCAGGGUACAGAACCAUCUUAUGCCAAACAGCUUUUUCAAGAAGUAAUGAUGAAGGGAACGGCCUGCAGUCCAUCGUACAAGUUCACCCUGAGCGACGGGACGGAGCUGAGCGCUCACACCAAGUGCAAGCUGUACUACCCUCAGAGUCCUGACAUGCAACCUUUCGUCAUGGGAAUUCAUUUCAUUGAAAGGGAUCAAAGCUCUCUUUGUAGUCAAGACAACACUAACUCAGGAAUGUCACUACCCCGACUCAGCCCCUCAAUUAACUGUACCGUCUCGCCAGCUCCAGGAGUGCCCUUCUCUUCUACCACCUCUCCAUCCAGUGGCAACAUGCUGACCUCUAGUACAAACCAGCAGCCAGUCACUGGCCUCCAUAACAUCAGCAACUCCAACACCAGCCAAACAAACUAUGGAUGUUCCCCUGGAAGUCAGAUGGGAACCAACGUUGCCUUAAAUAUGGGGCAGGCUGGACCCCAAAACAGUAACAAUCUAAACCUCAACAGUUCCCCCAUGAGUAGUCCAGGGAUAAGUCCUCCUCAGUUUAUGUCUCCAAGGCAACGGGGAAGUCCAGGUUUGGUGUCUCGGCCUCGAGCUUCAGGUAAUCCCUUUUCCCCCCCAAUGCCUACCAUGCACUCCCCUGUCGGGAUCUCUAGCAGUGGUUGUAAUAACAACAACAGAUCCUUCUCCAAUAUGCCACCAAAUUCAAUGCCAAUGCUUAAUGAAGGACCUAUGACCCCAGUAGGAUAUUCUUCUCCAUCUCCUGGCAUGGUAGGUGGGUUAUGCACCAACAACAAUGGGAGGAUCUUUUCUAAUUCCCAGGCCAUGAACGAUGGACCUAACAACCAGUCAACCUAUUCUACCAUGUCCCCCAUCCUACGACAGGUCUCAUCACAGAGUUCUCCUGGGAGACUAAGUAUGCAGCCCAUAAAAAUGGAGCCCAAGGACAACAGUAGUGACAGAGUCGGUGAUGGAGACAGCAAAAGUUCCUUGGCUGCAUCAAGUCAAAAACUUGUACAACUCUUGGCAUCAACUGCUGAAAGCAAAUUGCGAGAUGGUGACCCUACUUGCAGAGAUCCUUUAACUUGUCCUGUUGUUUCCAACUCGAGCUGUGGAAGUUCCUCGAGCGGGACGUGUCCUUCAUCUCACAGCUCUUUGACGGAGAGGCACAAGUUACUACAUCGGCUCCUCCAAGAAGGAAGUCCUUCGGAUCUAAGUACUUUGUCUUUAGACCAUGACAAGAAAUGUGGGUCCGGCAAUAGCCAGGCUCAGGGUAACACACCCGAUAUAAAAACUGAGAAAAAGGACUCCAAAGACCAGAUUCUUCGUAACCUACUAGACAAGGAUGAGAAGGAGAUGAAACGAAGUCCUUCUCUGAGUCUGGAGGACGUGAAGGUGAAAGUGGAGAAGAAAGAGUCGGUUAAUCAGUGCGUCUCUGCUACCAACACGAUGGUGAAGACAAUUCAAGAGGACAUAAAACUGGAGACACAUGACCAGUUUGCAGCGGAGUUUGAUCAGCUGGACCAGUUGCUUCCGACACUGGAAAAAGAGGGACAGCUUCCUGGAUAUGGGGGAACUGAUCAAACGGAAACCGGGUUACCUCUGAAGAACGAAAUACUGCCGACAUCUUUACAAGCUGGUACUGUGGCCCGGACACCCACGGCGCUGAACAAUUUCAAUGGCGUCAACCUAACCCAGUUUCCCUUUGAAUUCUGUGAGUCCUUAAACCCGGAACUAAAUCCAUUCCCUGCACAUACUGACACCAGUCCCUGGUCAGGACUGACACCGGAACAGGGCCGUGGAGUUUUACCCGGAGCGCCAACAUUUCAGACAGAUCCUGGUCUGCCAGACUCAGACUUGGGAAUCGCAGAUCAGUUUGGACAGUCGGGGAUUGCUGACCAGAUGCCUUGGUCGGACAGCUUGACUUUACUGAACCGUGUGACUCCGAACACACAGGAAGAAAUUGAUGACUUUCUGUGUCCUCCAACCACUAUGGAGGGACAAAACGAUGAGAAGAUCCUCCUGGAGCAGCUCGUAUCCUACCUCAAUGGCAAAGACGAGAAUGAGCUGGCCGAACUGGACAGAGCCCUGGGAAUCGACAAGCUAGUGCAGGGAGGUGGUCUGGACAUCAUCAAUGACAGAUUUUCUCAGCAACCACCAGUCGCUCCAGUGCUCAUGGAAAAGAAGCCGGGAAUGUAUCCUCAGUCCUACCCUGCUGUCUCUCCCAACCCCGGACUUCCCAGUCCCUUCUCCAGCAUGGUCAGGCAGAAGACUAAUUUUGGUCCUAUGCCUGUUCAAGUGCCACCUCCUCUCCCACGAGGGGCUCAUCCAAAUGUUAUGAACAUGCAACCUCGGCAGGCACUAGCCAGGCCAGGAACGGCCUCCAACCAGCUACGUCUUCAGCUUCAACAAAGGAUACAAGGACAACAGCAGAUGCUACACCAGAACCGGCAGGCCAUUCUCAGUCAGUUUGGAGUUGGCAAUGCAGUUCAGAUGGGAAUGAGACCCGGCAUGCAACAAAUGCAGCAAGCCAUUACCCCUCAGCCUCCGAUAAAUGCUCAGAUGCUCGCCCAGCGCCAGCGGGAACUCUACAGCCAGCAACAUCGCCAACAGCAACAGCAAAUCAUGCAGCAAAGAGCUCUUCUUAUGAGGCAGCAAAAUUUUGGCAACAACCUGCCCCCUAAUGCUGGACUUCCCGUCACCAUAGGAGCUUCUAGGCUCCCACAAGGACCUCCCCAGCAGUUCCCUUAUCCUCACAGUUAUGGUACAAACCCCGUGAACCCACCUCCGUCCACCAGUCCCUUUUCACCUAUGGCCACAACCCCUGAGGCCACCUUGCCCAACCGAGGAGGCGCCACUCGAGGAGGAAUGGUGAACAGAGGCAUGAUGGGAAACGUUGGAGGACAGUUUGCAGCCGGGAUGAACUCUCAGAUGACGCAAAACGUCUUUCAGUACUCGGGAACAGGUAUUAGCCAGCAGGCCGAUCCAACAUUUGCGCCAUCUCUAAGUCCCACCAGUCCCUUGAUGUCCCCUCGUCUGACCCCUUCUCAAAGCCCGAUGCUCCAACAGAAUCCAUCCACCCCCGGGUACCAGUCACCAGACCUUAAAAGUUGGCAGCAGGGCACACUGGGGAGCUCGAGUGUCUAUGGGCAAGCGGGACAGACUCAGCCUAACCCAGGCCAGCAAGGAAUGUACAACAACAUGAGCAUCACGGUAUCUAUGGGGGGCAACAACGCCGGCGUCCAGAAUGUCAACCAGAUGACUGGGCAGAUGCAGAUGAGCUCGCUGCCCAUGCAGGCCAUGAAUAGCAUGUGUACAGACCAGCAGGUGAAUGAUCCAUCUCUGAGACCAGGUGGGCUUUACUGCAACCAACUCUCCUCAACAGAUCUGCUGAAAACAGAGCCAGACACGGGGCAGCAGGUACAACAAGUGCAAGUCUUUGCAGAUGUUCAGUGUACAGUGAACCUCGUGGGCGGAGACACUUACCUAAACCAAUCAGGACCCAUGCCUCCACAGAAGACCACAUCCGGCCCCCAAACCCCACAGGCUCAACAAAAGAGCCUUUUGCAACAGCUUCUGACCGAAUGACAACUUGCUCAUACGAAACCUUGUGAAGGGGAGCGACAGAAAGCGUGACGAGAAGAGCAACGCGGACAAUUGUUUGGAGUCUAUAUAUAUGCAGCGUAUAUAUACGUUUUUGCAGAGAUGUCUGAUAUCUCUUACACUGCGGCCAUCCUUUUGGGUAGGAAGACUGCGAAGUGAAAGACGUGUUGACGAAUGUGAGAAAAAAAAGGGGAGAGAGGGAGAAAAAACAAAAACAUUUGCCGAGUUUUUUGCAAUUCCCCUCAAGCCCCGCGUCUUUUUGUUUUUUUGGGAUGACGCUUGUUUGGUCGUCGGACUUUUGGAGAAAGACAGAAAGAGAGCUGUAGGGCUGGACAAUCGGACCCGCGGUCCACCCCCCCCCCCCUUUCGAGCCAAAUGACAGAUGAUAGUUAUUUUUGUACGCAGUCGCUGUGAUGACACUGAACGGAACGGGCGCGUUUCUGGCGCCCGAAGAGGAAUGUCGCAGAAUGUCAGUUUCAGCUGGUUCUGUCACUGAUGUGGAACCCGAAGUAGAAGAUGGAGGAGAAAAAUGGAGGGUUCUGGGUAAUUUACGGGUGGCGGGGAUUGGGGGAGAAAAAAAAACAAAAAGAGAGAAAGUCUAUAUAUAUUAUACCGAGGUAAAGCGCAUCUUUGUUGCAGCUGAAGUGCAUUUGUAGAGCUAUUUCUGGCUAGUAUGUACAAUCAUGUUUUUACGAAGUGAGAGGCCAGCUUUGCGCACAUUUUUUUGGGGGCAUGUUUUUUAACCCGUUUCUUGCUGCUGGAGCAGCGAAGGUGGCAGCCCGCAAUUUUUUAUUAUUUUUUUUCCUGAAGUUUCAAAAAAAAUUCUCGAAAAAAUAAGAUUUAAGAGUUUAGAGUUAACUAAAGUGAUUUAUUUUUUUUCUUUCCAUCCGCAAAAGAGGUCAGUGAGAUUUGCCGAGGACGGCCCACGAGGAGCCAUUAAUCCUUUCAAGCUCAUGUCCAUUGAGGUCUUGCCAUAUUACCUCUGCAAAGUCGACCGCUGCGUUCUUUGCAGCCUUCGGGGGUCGAUGGCGGAGGUACGAGAGGUUUGACAGCAUUACUACAACACCCAACAUCCUGUAUUUCAACGGCCAUCUCUUGUAGUUAUAAAUAAAAAUAAAAAAACUUUUUGGACACUUUUUUUAGUUGUUGGGAGGGAAAAAAAUUGUAUUGGCAGAUAACUUGCACCUUGUGGGGCCCUGUUGAUUUUGAGGUUAAAAUUUGAAUAUCUGGAAAAUAUUUCCCCAAAUUUGAAAAAAUAUAUAAAAAUUUUAACUAAAUGUCAACCUUCUAAUAGAUUUGCCAUUAAUUAUGCUCAGGAAGUAUCGAUCAUGAUUAGAGUUAAAGGUUGUAUUCAAUGAAUCAAGAACAUUAAAAAUCUAUAUGAAAAAAUUCUGGACCUAGUUUAGUUCUAUUUUGGUUCUUAUUUACUCGUAUGACAUCUAGAAUGAAGGAUGUGUUCAAGAUUCUGAAACAGCGCCACUUUUGUCUACAGGCUGUGUGAGGUAUUGCAGACCAGUGUGAUCAGAUUCAAUGAAGCUGAGCUGCAGUACCAGACUUGACCUGUGCACAGGAGUGGCGCUGCUUCUGGAAAAAAAAAAAAAAAAAAGAAAACUUUUUUGACAACCCAAUGACUUCAUGGCUUUUUACCCUCAUCAAAGACGACCCCUAUUGGAACAUAUGGACAUCAAAGAUGGGACCCUCACCCCAUAUGAGCCACAAAGGACACCCGCUCUGUAAGUGCCUGUUCAGGUGGCCACUCCUACAGUGCUGCCAUAUAAUACUACAUUUCCCCUGAUUUUUCCAUGGCUUCCCCCCAGCAAAAUCUGGGGCUACCAAGACCAGCACCAGUGGGGGCGACCAGUUGAUCAACGCUUUUGGAAAGGGGUCACCUCUGAUGAGCCCAGCCUUUAAAAUGAUUCCUGUCUUUCAUUUAAAUAAUUUUUUUUCACAAUAAUUUUUUUUUUGUCCAAAAAUUUUACAUUUUUUAAUUCUCGUUGUCAACCACAUUUUAUUUUUAAGCUAAAAAAAAAAGAUUAAAAUGAAGAGAAAAAGAACACUAAUAAAAAUCUCUAAUAUCAAAUCAGCAGCACAGGAAGCACUUUCAUUUUUGGGUCAAAUUUUAAAAAAAUUCUAAAACCAACAAGAAAAUAAAAGUCCUAUACCUGAGGCCACUAACUUUUUGGUACGCAACAGACUUUCCAAUGAAGAAUGGGAAAAAAAAUGAAAAAAUCCUAUGCAGAAAAAAUGGGGUUGAAAAUACCCAAAAUCAACAGCGCCCCCUAUAGAUCUCAAUCGACGAUAUGUAAAAAAAAAGAAAAAUCGGCUUUACAACAGAGGGCUAAAGCUCACGUCACCGUCAGUAAAAUGGUGUACAUACAAUAUACCCAUCACUACGCAGGGCUGGAUUUAACUUUAGGACACCUAGAGUACGUAGAUGUCGAGAUAUCAACUGGAUAUUUUUGCUAUGAUUUUUUUGAAAAUUAAAAAAAAAAAAAAAAAAAAUUCUUGCAAUGUAAAUUCCAGUUGAUAUUUAACAAUCGUCAAAACACAUUAGCGAAUGAAUAUAGGUAAUGGGUUAGAAAACUGCAGCCCAUGAAGGCGUGUGUACCUUCCCCAGCCCUAGUUGGAAGGACAGGCCCAGACGGAGGUGUCACCAUGGGCGUAACUUGCGCCACGGACACAGUUAUGAACUUAAAGGGGUCCAGCGAAAAUUUGGCUUAUUUCCCUUCAAACACAGCGCCACACCUCUCCACAGGUUGUGUGCGGUAUUGCAGCUCAACCCCAUUCAAUUCAAGGGAGUCAAAACCGCAGUACCACACGCGACCCAUAGACAGGUGUGGCACUGUGGUUGAAAGAAGGCAGCCAUUUUUUUUUCUUCUUUUAAAUCCUGGACAACCCCUUUAAAUCCAGUCCUGCCACUUUGUGUUCAGAGACAGAACUUUCCUGUUUCGUUCCUGCAAACGGCUUACAGAUGUCAGUAGUCUAAGAUGAGUAAUCGCUUUAACCUGCUGCUAGGAUAUUGUAUAUACCCUCCAAAAACUCGCCAUUACUAAGUUCGUAACAAUGUAACCUUAUACUCAGGAUAUUCCUACUGCCUGUGCCCGACAACGGUACAACGCAAGCGGAAUCUGUAUAUUUUUAUCUUGCUUUUUCUUAAGAACAUUACGAAUAGGGCCUUUACUUUUUUGUUUUUUUCCUCUUUUUUUACUUUACUUUUAGUUUUUUUUUGUACAUGGAAGGAAAUCUCUAUUUACACCAGUAUUUUUUUUUUUAUAUUAGUUAGAUUUCGGGGGGAAAGUACAGUAUAAAGGACAUGUAUAGUUGAUUUGUAAGUAAUUUUUUGGGUUGUAUUUUUGGUUAUUCGAUGGCACUGCCUUUUUUGGUUUUAUUAUUCUUUCAUACCUCAGCUUCUACAGAUUUUCCGCCAUUCCCAUCGGAAUUAGUUCUGACCUCUAAGGUUUUCGUCCUAGGAGAAGAGAACGGGUCUUCUUUUAACGAAAACUGUUUUUUUUUUGUUUUUUUUGUAGUAGGUGUAUUUAUAUGUACACAUACACUCAAUAUUUGUAGAUUCUUUUUAUCAAUCACAAUUAUUUUCAAGAGUUCUAACCAGGACGUGAUGGCGUCAAUUUAGUCACAUUGAGUCAACCGACUUAAAGUUGUGUCCUGUGGUAGAAAAUUCUUAUGAAGAAUAUGUUUAAAGAGUUGCUGUACUUUCACACAAUUUAAUUUAAUAGAGAAUGGUGUAAUUGGUAAAUUUCUAAAUCACUUCAUUUAAAAAGAAUCUGCCUGCAUCCACCUGAAAAAGCUGUAAAGUCAUGGCCACUAGGGGGCUCACUUCCACCUAGUUUGCAGUCCACUGUCUGUUGUUAGGCUACAUCUGUCUCUAGUAACAGAGACACAGAAGACGGUUCUCAAGAAAUUGGGGGCUGUCAGAGCUAGCUGAGCUCCUGAGCCUGAUAGAACUGCUUCAACGCUGCCUCUGAAGAGCAGGGAAGCUCCUGUGUGUCUGUAAAUGUGUUCUCUCCCUCCUUAUAUCUCCUUUCCCUCAGUGGGAAGUGAGGUCACUGCAUAUAGUACUGGCAGAUUUCACAGAAGGGAGGAACCCCCUUGCCUGUGAGAGAAAUGCAUCUAGCUGUGCAAGUUGAAACAGGGAAUAAUAUGGCUGGAAGCUCCUUA